AUGGACCAAUGCCCUGCCAUAUCAUCUCCUGCACCAUCUGACACUCUUAGAUUGACCUCGCCUGAUCAAGAGUCUGAUGCUAUUGAGGUCGAUUCGCAGGUAGUGGAGUUGGACUCUUACAGCAUGAUAGAGCCACCUCCACUAGACUGGAAGUCUGACUCCUCCACUGAAAUAGGUUCAACGGAAGAACUGGCAGACGAUGGCAACUCUGCGGAAAAGGUCAACUCAGAUGAGCUUCACAUGGAAGACGAUAUAGCGUUGCCUGAAGUGACCCAGGAGGAACUUGUGAUAGACAAAAAAGAAUCGAAAACAGACAAUGAAGCGCAAGUGGAGGAAGAUGUAGAUACCCAUGAGAAAAACUCAUAUGAUGAUUAUGGUGCAGAGGUGGAAGAUGAGGCAGCCAACCAAAUACAAGCUGAUGAAGACCACAACGGUAUCCAAAAGUUGCUCUGCCAACUUCAGCUAGUGGGUAAAAAUGAUCAUUUUUGCCCAAGAUCACCAACCUGCUUAACUGAGCAUCGACACUCUGGACUUAGUGAUCUCGAAGCAUGUUCUUCAUUAACAGCCAUGCCAGAUGACAGCACUGAAACCACCGGAUUGUUGUUUUCUGAAAGCCACCAGAGAGAUGUGUUAGGGUUGCUGCACUGCGAAGAAAUUGGCACCACGUCGCACCCCUGCUGCCAUCCUCUCAAAGAGGAAAUGGAUGCUGUUGUGUCAGUUUCAUACAACCAGGAUGAUGCCCAGAAUUACUUGGGGCUGUAUGAGGAGAGUGAACAGCAGCUAUGCAGGGAAGAAUCUGUCAACUUAGCUCCAGACAGUGACUUACCCAAGCCAGUAUGGGUGAAAUUGGGGGAAGAGCAUGAAGUAGCUGCUGAGGGCGAGCAGAUUGUUGAUAACCAUCCGUCAUACAAAGACGUGCCUGGUCCAUGUGACCCAGAAGACCUCUUAGAUGGAGUCAUCUUUGGUGCCAAGUACCUGGGCUCCACACAGCUCAAAUCUGACAAGAACCCAUCUACUAAUGCCCGCAUGGCACAGGCUCAGGAGGCGGUUGACCGUAUUAAGGCACCAGAAGGGGAAACCCAACCAAUGACUGAGGUGGAUCUGUUCAUCUCCACUCAGAGGAUCAAAGUUCUCUCUGCUGACACAGAGGAGGCUAUGAUGGAUCACUCCUUGCAGAUGAUUUCCUACAUCGCAGAUAUUGGUGAUAUCGUGGUUCUGAUGGCACGCAGGAAGCGUAAAGGGCAGGAAACUGCCUCACCUUCAACGUCCUCCUCCACCUCUUCUAAACCUCAGAAGUGCUUAAUGAUCUGCCACGUCUUCUCCUCUGUGGACGCUCAGGUCAUAGCCCAGGCUAUCGGGCAAGCAUUCGCAGUGGCCUACCAGCAGUUCCUUCAAGCCAAUGGCAUCAAGGCCAGCGAUUUGCGGCCUGGCGAGUACAGCGACUACCUAGAAAGUCAGGAGCUUUACAAUGGAGACCUGGCCCACUUUUCUGACUCCGAGAACAUCAGAGAGGUUGUCAUCACCAAGGCCCCAGGGGAAAUUUUGGGGUUGGCAGUGGUGGAAUCAGGCUGGGGCUCAAUUGUGCCCACAGUGAUGGUGGCAAAUCUCCUUCAUGGAGGUCCUGCUGAGUGCUGUGGCGAACUCAGUAUCGGUGAUCGCAUCAUGUCCGUCAACGGUACCAGUUUGGUGGGUUUGCCUAUCACCACGUGCCAAAAUAUCAUCCAGGACUUGAAAACACAGAAGUAUGUUAAGCUCAACAUUGUCCACUGCCCUCCUGUCACCAUGGCGAUUAUCAGGAGACCAGAACCCAAGUAUCAGCUAGGCUUCAGUGUGGAAGAUGGUAUCAUUUGUAGUCUAAUGCGAGGUGGUAUAGCAGAAAGAGGAGGCAUCCGAGUUGGACACCGCAUCAUUGAAAUUAACGGACAGAGUGUUGUCGCCACACCACACGACAAAAUUAUUCAAAUCCUCACUGAUGCAGUAGGAGAGAUUCAUUUGAAGACCAUGCCGGCCUCAACAUAUCGGCUCUUAACAGGACAAGAGCAGCCAGUCUUUCUUUGA